GCGAGCAGUCUCUAGGGCGCGUGAGAUAGCUCCAAGAUCCAAUCAAAUCUGUCGCCGCAUCCACGAUAUGAUCUCUGCCCUUGAGCGCAGACACAAGAACCACAGUCGACAUUCUAUCGCUUGCCGCGCUUGCCUUUCUCCUCGCAGCCGCGUCUGUUCUGUCCUCCUGGUCUUUCUGCUGCCUGUCGUGUCUGCACCUGCACUGGCUAUCGACUCGGCCCUCCCCACGCGGGAUUUGCUGCUGCACCCACGGCUGCUCAAAAAUUCUGAAUGCAAUCGACUGUGUGACAAGAUGGGUUCGCUUUGAGGCGGGCGAAAGAAUCAGCCAGAGCGUCUUAAGCGCUGCACACAACAGCCCGGACUUCCAACAAUGGCGCGCCCACGCACCAUUCCGUUCGGCCUGACAGGUUGUCCUGGCGCAGGCACCCGUUGCUCUGCAAGUCCCGCACGGCAAUCCCGCGUUUUCGACAGACAAUCGUUACAAGGCAGAGCUUUUGAUCGAGCGUUCUCCUAUGCGCCAUGCUCGUCGCUGCUCUCAACGACGAUGACGAGCCUAAACGACCCCUGUCAGUAGCCAUUGGAUAGGUACAGCGCCUUCGUGUUGUCCAUUCUCCUCACAGUCAUCGCCCGCAAUUGUCGCCCCAUUGCGGUCCCAGACGCGCAUGUCGCACUGUUAUAUGAAGCCUGCACACGAUGUCUGGGGUCACUACCGUCUAGGAGGCCCCAAGCAGCAGGGGACAUUGCUCAGAACCUGCAAAUGCGCGUAGGAAGAAAUGACAAACAGCACCGGUACCCUUGUGCUGGCUGGGUACAAAUUCACUCGCCACCCAUCAGUGUUGACACUGUCUCCAUCCUCCAAAGCUCGACUUUGUCACUUGGCUGGCAAUUCCGAGACAUCACACCCAGUCUAGCGAAACUCGAGACCGACCUCAAUCCCUAUCACAAGCUUUUCCAAAAUUCGUUCACUACGCUUUUAUUCGCAACUCGUCCAGCCAUAUAUCCAGAGUCGAAACCCAUCUCUACAAGACGAUCAUGAGCCUGGACUUCUAUGCUAGUGGGUACCACCCGCAUGAGCAUCCAAGUCCGGGAGCUUCAGGCAUUGUCAGUCACUAUCGGCAGCUCCCUGCUUACGGUCGCAGUUACUACGAGCCGCAGCACGAGCCAUAUUUCGAUCGCUUGUGUGCGAGGGCACAGACGCAAGAGCAGGAUUCAGGCACCGUGCAAUCAGGCAGCUCGCGAAGACGAAUCCAAGUCGCAUGCUCGAGGUGCCGCCGACAUAAGAUCAAGUGCACAGGUGAUCCAGGCGACGGCAGUACCUGCUCCGCUUGCAAAUCGGCGAAGGAAGAUUCUUGCACCUUUCGCAGAGUCGGCAGUCACGAAGUGCAACUGCACGAUCUGCACGCCAGCAGCACUGACAUUGGGAACGGUAGCUGGAACACAGCAUCUUACCUCAACCGACGGUCGGACAGUUCCUAUCACGGCAGCGACGGAAUGCAAAGUGAUGGACGACAGCGUUUCACGUGGAGCGGGCACACCGACUCCGAUUCCUACAGCGCUUCUCCCGUCUUCGCGUCACCCGCGCCGAUGAAGCAUGACCGCUAUCCUAACGAUGCUCCACUGGUCGGAUCAUCAAAUGUCUCAGCAGUGGUGUUCCCUCCGUUGAACAUUGGCUCAAUGCCAUUACAGCUGCCGAUGCCGGCAGCAACAGAGCAGUCGUGGCCUACCUACGAUGCACUACAGCACACGAUACAUUCAUCGACAGUCUUGCCUCCGAUGCGACUGUCGGCACCUUCACACGAGCCUCAGGCCUCCAUUGACAAUCCAACCAGCCGGCGGAAGCCUUGGUCGUGUAGCAAUGCCGUCGUCAAUGGCGUUGCUUCCUCUGGCCAAGCUCAGAGCACUGGUUCCGGCAGUACUAUACCUUUGGGUCACGUCUGCGAGACCUGCGGCGCACCUCGCCAAUAGCCGUUGGAAACAAUCCACGAAACCCGUGGGAUUUACAGCGAUUCCAGACUGGUCUGUAUAGCUACAGCAGGGCGGUCGAGGCUUCUGAUCUCAGCAAUCAGGUGGGAAACGAGGCUUCGUCUUCUGACUUGCAUCGCCACUCGUCAUGUACGGCGCUGGAAAAUCAAACUCAGGCAGCUGAAUACCACAUGGGACGAAUCAAUAUCUGUCAAACAGCUUGGCCAUCACUGACCCGAUCUGGCGGCCAGCAAGGGUGCGUCCUCCAUAUUACAUGCGCCGACCUUUGAAUAUCCCAGAAAUCCCCAGAACAAACCCCACCCGAGCCGGCAGUCACAGAGCCUUUCUCACCGCGUUGCCUCCAAAUGGCUUCCCUUCUCAUGGCUUUCCGCGAUACCUUCGCUUUGACGCCCCAGCCCAACACCUAAUCGAUACCAGCAUCUUCAGUAACCACAAAGGCAACGACAGCGGUGAUGAUGAUGAGUCUGCCUCCUCAAAUAUUGAAUCUUUCGGCCAAAUGUGCUCGGCUUCGCCGUCAACCUCAGACCUCAGGAAUCGCGGCAGCGUCCCAAUUGCAGUAAUCUACCUGUUCCGUUCGAAGCCAACAUGGUCAACGAAGGUCCCGCAGUCCUCACGCGUAUUUGAACGUCCAGUCUCACCCAGUCUUCCUGCUCCACUAGCAGCGCUCGAUUUGCCGAACGGGCGUUGGGAUCACGGAUGACAUCUCUCGGAAGUACAGCGAUUCAUCCUGGAGCAAGCCUCUCGUGCAGUCGAGCGAGUCAGCGUCGCUGACAUGCACGGCUUGAUGGAGACUCCGGUGCACCUGCUAGGAGCGGUGUUGAUGUUGAGGAAGCCCUGAGCCACUCGAACUCAUUGCUAUUGCGUCGUCGUCAUCCUACCACCACGAGACGAUCAGGUGUCUGGGGGAAUUUUGAGCCAAGAAACAAUAGCUGUAAGCUAGAUUCGUUCGCCAAUAUACAUUGAACCACUUUGGCCUAUCGUCUCCAUCC